AUGUUGCUUAAAUAUUCGGACAAAUAUGAAGAUAUAAAAUUUGGAUUAGAAAAAACAGUUAGUAAUUUAAAGACUGAAAAAAUAGAAGAAGGAAUAGAGAUUGAAUUGGAUGCAGAAAUAUUAGAUUCUUUUUAUAGUGUACUUCGUUACAUUUUAAAGGAUAGUAAAUUUACUGUUAAAGACUUUGAGCGUAUAAGAACUACACUAGAAAAAGUAGGGAUUGAUGGGUCUUUUAUAUCUUAUGUAUCCCUUUAUAACAAUAUGAUUGAUUUGCUAAUGAAGACCAACUUAAAGAAUAUUAAGUAUAUUGAAGAAAUGGUUGACAAAUACAAUUGUCAAUAUAUGUUUUUUAAUUUAUUGAAAAUACAAGUAGGACAGAUCGUAAAUAUUGAAGAAGUAGACAAUUCUGAAAAUUUAUUUAUUGAGCAUGUGGAUUUUGGAUCUACUGUACAGAUUGUCAGUGGUUUGCGCAAAUAUUACACUAAAGAAAAUUUAAUAAAUAAAAAGGCACUUUUUAUUACAAAUAUUAAGAAAAGUAAAAUAAUGGGCAUUGAGUCAAAUGGAAUGAUAUUAUGUGGUAAAGAUAAUGGAAAUGUAGAAGUGUUAUUUGUUGAUGAUGAUAUAAAAAUAGGUAGUAUUGCUUAUUUAGAAAAUUUUGAAAUAUUUAAAAAUAUUCCGGUUAACACAAUCGAUUUAAAGAAAAGUUUUUAUAAAAAUUUAUUUAAUAAGCUUAACAUUGUAAAUGGUAUUGUGCAUUUUGACAAUUAUUUAAUAAAUGUUGGAAAUAAAAAAAUAACUGCUAAUAUUAACAAUGGUAUUAUUAGUUAA